CUCAUCGAUCAUCUCUCUUCCUCUCUCUCUCUCUCUCUCUAAGUAGCACUCACAUACAUAUAUAUAUAUAUAUAUAUAAUCAAUUAUAUAUGGCUAAAUCAUCAUCAUCGGCCCUGCAGAUUUGGUUGGUGGCAGCAGUAGCUGUGGUUGCAGUACUGGGCAGCAGCAGGUAUAUGGCGGAUGGCGCCAUCACCUGCAAUGCGGUUCUGGCGAAGCUGUCACCCUGCCUCGGCUACAUCCGAAGUGGGGGAGCGGCGCCGCCUGCAGGGUGCUGUGACGGCGCCAAAGCCCUCAACAGUGCCGCCGCCACCACGCCUGACCGGCAGGCCGCCUGCGGCUGCAUCAAAAAUCUGGCCGCAGCCACCGGGGCCAAACCAGAGUUGAUCAACAGCAUCCCUGGGAAAUGCCAGGUCAACAUUCCCUACAGAUUCUCCUCAACCAUCGACUGCUCCAAGAUUCGUUGAACUGGUGGGUUGAUUAAUUAAGAGCAUGGGACGAGACGAUAUCCACUAAUCAUAUGCAAGAUCAGUACUUAUACUAGUACUAUAUAGAUAUAAUAAAAUGUGCUGGAUCAGAUUGAUCAGGUUAUGACAGGCAUCUGCUCGCAUUGCACGUUGAUCAUUCUCUAGAGGCCAUCAUAGUAAAUAUAUGUAUAUCAAUUACGCCGUUGUUUGCAGUCAUCAGUAGUCUUAUGUAAUGAUCUGUUAUCUGUGGGCGUAUUAAUCGAUCGGGUAUCCAUUUAUAA